AGCCAGCUCUGCUUUCUCGUCAGUGGGAGAGCAAGCGGAGACUGGCCUUCUCUUAGCUCUCUCUAACUCAAAGGAUUUUUACACGUCGUCAGAACCUUAAAAGCUUUCCGAAGCUGAGAACAAGAUAUUUUUUCCUGCAGAACCAAGCUGACUCAAAACUCCAGAGUUAUUUUAAGACGCUGGUUUUCAUCUAUCGUUGUGACCCGGAGGCAUCUGAGGACUGAUUUGGUCGCACCGAGGUUUCUCUGCGAACCAGGUGCAGUGGGGUCGUCGGCUCCUGGACAUCUCAGAUCCAAUUGGGGUCUCCAGUUGGGUGAGGUAGACACAGCAAGAUAGCGUCUGAAUGUGGUUCUGAUAAAUAACUUUGUAGUUUACUUGCAAACCAAAUUUUCUCCAUCCAGGAUUCAGCUUCCUCAUGAUCCUGACUCUAAAACUAUAUUCACACACAGUCUGCAGGCACCCAUCUUUUAGUUCCAUCCACUCACAGAAUAAUAAGUUUAAACAAUCCGUCAAGUCUUAAUUGUUUGUAAAUAAAUUCUUAUUUUUGCUUGCAAACACUGACUGAAUCAUAAACAAAGUGUUUACAGUCCCUGAAUGAACAAAGAAUCUUAGAAUCUUCUGCUUAAUCAUCUUCAAGACCAAGCAAGGUGAGAUUCUAUAUUUAUAUAGAGUAUUGCAGCUGUUGGUCACAAGUAAUGAUAAUAAAAAUAAAUUGCUCUUAAAGCAAUUUAUUAAUCCAAAUUACCCUCUACUAAAUGCAUUACCAUUGUUUGUCCAACAGUGUGGAUCUUUUUGACUUUUGGCUUAUUCAGUAAGACUUGGCUCAUCUUAGCAUUAGCUCAUUGGUAGCGCUAGCUACGGUAGUUGUAAUUCCACUUUCAACCAGUAGGGCGAAGGAGCAGAAAACUGCUCUGUGUUACUUUAAAUACAAUACUCAGAUGUGUUUUUCACCUAAGAGCUGUGGAAACUCAAUGAAGUGUUGAGUAGAUUCAGAAAAACGUCAAGUAAAAAUUCUACCAAUUAGGUUCCAGUUUGUCCUACUAAGAUUUUUCAACGUUUUAAAAGUCAGACCUUGCAGUCUGUAACCGGAGUCCUAUAUAGAAACAUAAAACAACAGAACAUUUUUUUCUUCUUCUCUUCUCAUAACAAUGUAAUACUACACACAUCAAAGAGCCAGAAUAACAUGCAGCUGUUGACACAUUGCUAUGAGCUACACAAGGAGACGAGGUGGGAGUGACCAUAUGGCGAUGAGCGUGUUGAUAUUGAGCGUGGCACCUUCUGUGAUCUGAGAUGGAUUCUCACAAUAAACACUGGAUGGUGACUCUGCAAGAAGUCUUCUAUCCUAUCCUAGCAGCUGUGGGUAUCCCAUCCAACACCAUCACCUCUUUGAUCAUCUGGAGGAGGAAAUGCAUGAUCUCCGUGUCCAGUUCCUUCUACCUGAUGGCGAUCUCUGUGGCUGACAACCUUACCCUGAUCUCCAUUGUGGUUCUUGAACUUUCAUUGAAGUACCAUCAGCAAGAGCCAUUUUGGAGUCAUGAGCCCUGGUGCAACCUUAGAGAGGUUUUUAACUAUGGAGCCUACAAUGCCUCGACGUGGCUGGUGGUUCUCUUCACAGUGGAACGUUACAUCAGCAUACAAACGUGGAAAAUUAGGAGAACAAUCUGCUCUCCCAGAUGUGUUGUUUGGACAAUAGUCAUUGUUUUUAUCUUUAGCCAUCUUUCUGCCAUUCCUUUCUAUUGGUCCAACGCUUCAGUCCAAGAGAACAACCAUACCCUGUGCAUAUAUAAACCAGAGGCCCCGACUCAGUUCAUUCACACACUGGUUUGGUUUCAAACGCUGCAAGCAUACGUUCUCCCCUUUGUUGUCAUUCUCACUCUUAAUGGGCUGACCCUGCGCCUCAUUUCUCUCACCAACAGGGUUCAGAUCUCUGCCGAUCCUUCUAAUACUCACAAAAUCAGACGCCUCCUUCGCCCCAGGACAAGAAAAUCUGUGCUUCUUUUGGUGACUGUGUCCAUGACUUUUGUGAUUCUGUCCAUCACUCGAGCCAUAACUCAGAUCAUCCUCCGCACCACCAAGAUGUACACUUUGGAUCGUAAUGACUACAACAGUGAGAUAAACAUAGUGGCUGACAUUGGCACCAUGCUGUGCCUCAGCAAUGCUGCCAUUAACAUGUACCUGUAUGUGUGCACCCAGUCCAGGUUUCGUCAGGAAUUCUUAGCUUGUCUUAAACAGGUGACGUUUUACUGCAAAAACACCUGCAGAGAGUAACAUCAAUCCCUGAGCCUUUAGCAAAAAUAACCUCAGAAAUAUGGGAGUUUUAAUGCACUUUUCAGGGGGUUUGUUUUGAAGACACAAAGCCUUCAUCUGGACAAACACUCCAUAAAACACAGAUUAAUUUCCUUUAUUAUAUUUUCAUUUAAUUCUGCACCCUCAUUAAGGAAGACGGAUGGCUUUUCCUCUUAAACAUCCUGACACGAGACAUUAAUGUUUGAUUUUAGACACUAAAAUUCUCCUUUAAUUUCCUGCUAUUUGUCUUUGGCCUAAGUGCAAAUACAAAAGGAGGUCUGACUUGGUAAAUGUUUUGCAUUUUCCAAACCUAAGUUUGAAAUAAUGUCCAAAAUCCCAAAAGAAAUCAAUUAAAACCUGUUGUCAGAGUCUAAUAAUUCUUAAAAUUAAUCUCAUUCGAAUGUUUAAUGUACUUGUUUAAUAUUAACAAUUAAAAAUGAAUCUAACACACCACAACAAUGCAAUGCUUUUAGGCCUCGCUUUGAUUUGGAUGCCUUUUGUUGAUCGCAUCUUCAUAAAUUAUAAAUACAUGUUUUCAAUAUAUACAUUUCAAGACAUAAAGUAGCAGUAAAAUACUUUAGAGAAAAACUGCCAUCUCCUGCAGUACAGCUUUAGAUCAUAAUUGCCUUGAAAGUAAAACAUCUGUUGCUGUGAUUAAAAUGCAAGUGUUAUCCGUUGCUAGGUCUUCUCGUCUCAACAGGGAGGACAAACGACCUUCCUCAGACCACGCUGGUCUGCCUUAUCAGUGAUCCUCCCAUGAGAAAUAGCAUGUUGACUGAGUGCACCUGGUUUUGUAAGCAGCUUUUCACCUGAUUCUCUACGUAGCAGUUUAGGAAUGUGAUGUGAUGUGUGCAUUGUUAAUAAAAACCCUCAGAGAACGAAUGUUCGCCGAGAGAUCCUGUGAAAGCUUUGGUCAGUAUCACCCUUGCUCCUUCACAUUGUUUCUCCACUUUGCAAAGUACAACUGAAUAAUAAUAUUGCUCUAAUCCUCUGUGCAUUUGACUUCUUUUAAUGUGACCUGGUUUUAUUAAAAAAUAACCCAACAACUUUAAUGAUCUAUUUUGAAUGUCUAAAUUGGCUGUUUCAGUCACACAACUCUAUUAGUCUCAGUGCUUAACUCAACUCUAUUUUUUGUUCAACUUUAACAUUUUUUUCCUGCAAUAGAACAAACAAAUUGAGAAUAUUGUUUUCACAGGGAGCCAACUUAUUGCUCAGCUAUAACUGUUUUACUUAAGAACAGCAAGAAUUGUGUUUUAGAACGUUAGAAUUGUCUGACAAUGAUCCAUUUACAUCUAUAAUGAAGAUGUAAAUGGAUCAUUGUCAGACAAUAUUCAUUUCAACUUCACUGAAUUAGGCACAGAUUAUUCAAACAUUUCAUUUAACAUCUGGUUCAUUCAACCAUAUGAGUAUAAAUGAUUAAUUCACUUAUGAGUUGUAAAAGUUCACUUUUCAUUCAGAAUGUGGAGUCCAGCAGUCUGAGAUAAGUUUGACAAUCUUGUCUUCAUGGACUGUCAAGAAGCACUGCAGAAUCUUCUGGGUGUAAGAAGAUUGAGUAGAAAAUCCACCAAGAUAGUGGAAUGAUGUCGGUCUGUAGGUGAUGUAUGUCAAUAUAUAGGUGAAAAUCGACCCUUUAUGGACGUUACAGUUACAAGUCACAAAUUCAUAUUGGUUUACAGCUGCACGUCUCGGUUGAUGAUUCAGAGUUCUGAACUACUAACAGGCUAGAAGAUAACUUUGUUAUUUAAACUCUGAGUAGACUGAAUCUCUAAUUGUUGCCCCUGCAGAGACAUCAAAAUAAAAGUGGUGUGAGCUCUUCUGUUUACUCCAGUCAGGAGCCUCGCUGCAGAGAUCUGGACCAAUUAAAGGCGUUCAGGGGACUUUUUGUUAAAACAUUCAAAUAUAUCUUUGGUGUGUUCUUACUGUGUUUAGUUACAAAUUCCAUUUUUGGUUCUUUUUAAAACACAGGAAAGUUUUUUUUUUUACCUUGCUGACGUACGUUUCGUUUGCCGACUGCAAAACCUCCUCAGAGCUGACGCUGAUGGUGGCGUCACUUCCUACUCCGUUUAUCCGCGGGCAGCAGAGGACGUUGUCGCCCUCUGCUGCCUGCUCUCCCCUCUCCGAUGAUGCAGUCCCAUGCACAAUCCAAUGAGUAAACUCCCAUUGUCUCUAUUCAUGGUCCCACAUCCAGGUCUCCUUAUCUCUAUAGCUUCUUUUAUCCAUCUUUUGUAUUUCUGUUGUUUGGUGUUUAUGAUCCUUGUGUUGUCCCAGUACAUUAUAUGCUUUUCCCUUGUGCAGUGAUCUGUUACG